GAAUUUUUGUCUUCUCCUUAUUGUCUUAUCUUCUCUUCCUCUUCACCCAUUAAGAAUCGACUUUUCACAUCUUCAUUCGCUAUGAAGACGUCUCCCUGGGCCCUGUUGCUCCUGGCAGGGCAGGCCGCUGCAGCCGGCGUCUCCGAGAUCACCCUCGUGUCGACCGUCGCGGAAACCGUCACCAGCACGUACAGCAGCACCGUGCCGGUGACAACCACCAUCACCUCCUGCACACCAGUGACUGCAGGGGCUGCGUUGAAUUCCUGCCCUACCACCGCCUGGUCGACGAAUGGAGCCUACUGGAGCGCCGACUGUUCGGCAGCCAUCACCGGCGGAACAACAGUGGUGACAGGGGCCGGCAGUGGAGCGACUGCCUCGGUGAUGUGUGUCCUGAAGAGUUGCCAGGCUGUGUACGCCAAUACCCGGUCGAACCUGUAUUAUCUCGUCACUGGCUCCUUCACAACCACCUCGCAUACCAGUGCCUUUGUCUUGAACCGCUAUACCACCAACCCCUGCGUUGUCACGGAAACAGCCAUCUCGACCGACACCUGGUAUUCCACCAUCACCUUGGAGUCGACCUUCACCUAUACAGAGACCGUCACGCUUUCCACUUCUCCAGUUUCUUCAUCUGCUUCAUCCGCUGCUUCUUCAUCUGCUUCAUCUUCAUCGGCUGCUGCUUCAUCUUCAUCAAUUAUUCCUUCAAUUGCUUCAGCCGCAUCCGCUGCUUCGUCUGCUUCUGCUGCUGCUUCGACACCAGUUUCCUCUAGAGAAACGCCCUCUUCAUCACCCCCAAGCUCGAGCGCCACCGAUUUCUCUUCUUCUGCUGUCCAAACCGGACCUUCCAGUCUUCCCUCGGGCUCUGGAAUCCCAAGCUCUGUACCGCAGUCUUCGUCUGUCGAUCCAGGUCUCCAUGUUGUCACCGAGACAAUGUUCACCACUGUCUUGUACACUGCCUUUUCGGCUUGUUCUUCGGCAGACUCUCCUCCCUCUGCCUAG